AUGUCAGGUACACUUCGCUCACCCCUCGCACCCGCCCUGGUCUCCAGCUGGAGUGCCGCUGCAAAGGGCAAAGCUCGGGCAUCAGCAUACACCCUCGCCUCUACAUCUCAAGCAUCGGCCUCAACUUCGACAUCAUCAUCACGGCGCAGCAUCGCUACCAGCUCCGUAGCAGACCCCAGCACACCUUCCCCUCCCUCUUCGCAUCAAGCCAACCCCACUUCCCUCACCUUCUCCUCACCUCUAGGCGACACGCCCAUCAGCUCCACCUCUGCUGCCCUCGCCCUUCUCAAGGAGCAACCCAACCACUACAUUGUCACCUCCCUCGUAGGUCGUACACUCCUCCUCACUACCCGUGAUGUAUUCACCAUCCCUCGUCUGCGCGACGUGCAAGUGGGAGAUGUGCUCGAGCUGGAUCGCAUUCACGAGGUAGGGUCGAGGGACUACACGCUGCGUGCGCAGGACCCCAUGAGCACUCGUCAGAGGGGAAUGGUGGCUGAGAUGCGGCGCAGUGUAGACCAAGGGGAGAACUCCAAGAUUGUCAGAGCUCUGCUGGAGCUGGGAGAGGAAAAGGAAGACGGUCCCCUCGAAGGUGGAAUGGAGGGAGCUGCCGCCGAGGAGCUGCAGGCCCUCGAGGCGCUCAGCAAGCUCAAGACCUCCACCGACUCAUGGGCUACACGUCUACACCCCUCUGGUCUCGCUCACGUAGGCGCCGUCUUGCCAGAGACGACGGUGCGCGCUCGAUGUGUCGUGGUGGAGCAUACAAAGGGGGCCAUGGAGAGGAUUGUCAAGAAGAAGAGGAGGAAGGGUUACAAGAAGACCAUUGAGCACAAGCAGACGUACACUAGAUUGAGGUUGGAGUCCAUCAGGUUGGGCGACGGAGAGCUAGCCCAAUGA